CCUCCCCAGGACUUCCUGGCCUCCACGGGACUUCACCAGCCUCCCAGGGAUUUCACAACCUGCCGGGACUUCACAGCCUCCACAGGGACUUGCAGCCUCCACCCCAGGACUUGCAGCUCCCCAGGGACUUUGGCCUCCCAGCACUUCUGCAACCCCUCACCCAGGGACCACUGGCCUCACGGGACUUCACAACCUCCCCAGGACUUCUACAGCCUCACCCAGGACUUCCACAGCCUCCUGGGGACUUCCACAACUCAUGGGACAUCUGGCCUCCUGGGGGACUUCACGACCUCACCCCAGGACUUCACAGCCUCUGGGGACUUCUGGCCUCACCCAGGACUUCACAGCCUCUGGGACUUCACACCCCUCACCCGGGACUUCUGGCUACCCAGGACUUCCCACCCAGCCUCCAUGAGUUCCCACAGCCUCCCCGGGACCCCCACAGCCUCACCCAGGACUUCACAGCCUCCCCGGGACUUCACAACCUCACCCAGGACUUCUGGCCUCCCCGGGACUUCACAGCCUCCCCAGGACUUCCACAACCUCCCCGGGACUUCACAACCUCCCCGGGGACACAGCCUCCCCGGGACUUCACAACCUCCCGGGACUUCCUGGCCUCCACCCUGGGACUUCACAGCCUCCCUGGACUUCACAGCCUCCUGGACUACAGCAGCCUCCCCUGGACUUUACAGCCUCCCCAGGACUUCACAGCCUCCCAGGUUUCACAGCCUCCCCCAGGACACAGCCUUCUCCAGGGUCUGGCCUCCACAGGACUGCGGCCUCCCCAGGACUUCACAGCCUCCCCCAGGACUUCACAGCCUCCCCCAGGAUUUCAAAGCCUCCCCCAGGAUUUCACAGCCUCCCCCAGGACUUCACAGCCUCCCCCAGGACUUCACAGCUUCCCCCAGGACUUCACCCAUUCCUCAU